CGUCGCCAGAAUCAAAUUUUGGAACGGCACCGAAUGAAGCUGUCUAGCUUGACAAGGCGAUGCAGAUCGUGGCGCGAGCUCAAGGCACAUGCGGUCAUUGAGGUCAAGGUCCUCCUCUUGGAAUGGAAGGUCGUACUCUUCGGCUUGGCGUGGCAAUACAUCCACAACAUCUUUCACAACAUUGCGUACUGGAUGCAGACCAAGCUGUCUGUGGCUCAGCGCGUGCCUCUCUACGACCUUGGCUUUGAGCUGUUGCCCGAACUCUCGGAAUCCGCGUCGCACGUGUCCGAGUACUUGGUCUUUGGUGGGAUCUUUGGGCCGAGCAUUGUCCUCUUUGUGAGCGUUCUGUUCAUUAAAGCAUCGUCGACAACGUCGUCGUCAUCGCCGCCUCGGUUCUUUGCACUCAUUUUCAAGCGUGUGCUACUUCAAACUGCGCUCUGCUUGAUGCUUCGGUGCAUUUCGUUCAUGGUGACGUCCCUUCCUGGCCCAGCGUCGCACUGCCGGCCCCUGUACAACCAAACAUGCUUGGAUGCAUUUCCAAGCGACCCAACGGCGUCCUAUCGCUGUGUCGUCGGUAACCCCGACUUCCAGCCGCCCAUGACUGUCGGCUCUAUCCUGGGCCAUGUGGACGCGCUCAACGGGUGCGGCGACCUCAUGUUUAGCUCGCACACGACGUACACAAUGUCAAUGAUCUUGGCCGUGUGGAAGUACUGGGGCAGCGUGCCGGUGCUGGUGGUGAUGCUCGUGUUGCAGGUGGUGACGGCCUUCUUCAUCGUAGCCGCCAGAAAGCACUACUCGCUCGACGUGAUCUCAGCAUUGUAUGUCGUGCCCAUGGUGUGGUUCAUGCUCGAAGCAUAUCACAAGGAUCUAAACCACAAGGAUGCCGUGGUUACGCGCGAAGCGAUGCGCAGUGCCUACGGAGUGGACAUCCCAGACGAGAUCUCCGCCGACUCCAACCUAGCCACCCUUGUGAACGACGACUCGUCUGCAUUUCGGCCAACCCUCACCCCCUUGGCUAUUCCAUAAGACAUACUAGUAACCACUUUAGAAACAACAGCAAUCACAAUAGAUGAUGUGUAUCACCAUUCAUGUGCACGACCAUAAAAUGCGUUUUGAGAUUGGCCAGUCAUACAGUACUUAGUGUAUGCGAUAUUAAUACUAGGCAUUCC